AUGGCUACAUGCAAGGACCUCCCUCCAGAGAUCUUCGAAAUUAUCCUCAAAUGGAUCGCGAACAACGACAUAUGGACCUACCGCCAGGUAACACAAGCCCUUGCAGCCCUUAUGAGGACCUGUCGCAGCUUCAAGCAAAACAAUAUCUGUACUCCAGAUACGAAUGCGCCUAUCGAGACCCAUUGCCCGGACAACAUCGCCUCCCGCGAAGACCGCGCCCUCAAGUUCGAUAACCUCGCCGGCCUCCUCGCCCUGAACGGCCUGGGCGGGAUCGAAAUGGCCCUGCACGUCGAGAAUGCGACGCCUAUCCUUCCACGGCUGGUUAUGAAUAGACUCGGCUUAUCAGGACAGUGGCUCAACACCGGAUUUGCUUCUUCGGUCCUGUUUGAGCAGGUCGUUGACUACGAUGUGCGUGAUGAGGGCUGUGAGAAGAGCGUCGAAGAGGAGGAGGCCGAGUUGAGGGUGUCUACCGAGAUGUUCGAAAUCACCGAGGACGGGGGGAACGCGGAUAUGUCUGAUCUUCCUGGAGACGAGGCAGACCCGAAUGUAUUUGAUGUGCUUGGGGAUGAAGUGGAGUGUCCGUGA